AUGGGAAGGGCUGAGCUUUGGAGAGAGUGGGAUGGGAAAGGGGAGCGAGGAAGCAAGGAGAGGGGAGGGAGAGUGCUCCCCUCUCCCCUCUCCCUGCUCCCCUCUCACCUCUCCCUGCUCCCCUCUUCCUUCCCCCUGCUCCCCUCUCCCCUCUCCCUGCUCCCCUCUCCCCUCUCCCUGCUCCCCUCUCCCCUCUCCCUGCUCCCCUCUCCCCUCUUCCUGCUCCCCUCUUCCCUCUCCCUGCUCCCCUCUCCCCUCUCCCUGCUCCCCUCUCCCCUCUUCCUGCUCCCCUCUUCCCUCUCCCUGCUUCCCUCUCCCCUCUCCCUACUCCCCUCUCCCCUCUCCUUGCUCCACUCUCCCUUCUCCCUGCAACCCUCUCCCCUCUCCCCUCUCCUUGCUCCCCUCUCCCCUCUCCUUGCUCCCAUUUCCCCUCUCCCUUCUCCCCUCUACCCUCUCCCUGCUGCCCUCUACCCUCUCCCUGCUCCCCUCUACCCUCUCCCUGCUCCCCGCUACCCUCUCCCUGCUCCCUUCUCUACUCAAAUCAGACUCAAGAAUUUGAGGCGCCUCCAUAGGCGCUAG